GUAAUUUUGGCAAUAUGAAAUUUCGUGUAGCAGAAGUGAAAGUGUUAUAGUAGUGAGGGAUUGAAAAAUAAACAAACAUUGUAUAGAAAUUUGUUGAAAUGACUGAACCAAGAGUAAAUCCUUUCAAAAAAUUUUGUGAUAAAAUUAUUGAAACAAUUGAUGGUCCAGUAACAUGGUUUAGAGAAACAGUAGUGCUGCCCAAUCGAAAGCAUUAUCCUUACUAUCAUAGAAAAUUCAAUCGAGUCCCCACAUUUGAUGAAUGCUAUGAAGAUGACGCAGUGUGCAUUUAUGAAGCAAAUGAGCAGUUUAAAAGGGAUAUGCAAGUUGAUGGUUUUAUUUUACAAAUUUUGAAUGACAGAAGAACGGAAUGUUUAAAAUAUGAAGGCCAUGAUAGUGAAGAAAGAUGCAAAAAAAUAUUUGAUGACUAUGAUGAAGCUGUAUUAAACCACUUUAUUAAAUAUGGAGAUCUGGGUGCCUUUGCUCAUGUUAAAUUCUGUUACAUGAAACAGAAACAUAGAUUAGUGUAUGAACGUAGAAAAGCAGCUGGAACAUGGAAACCAAUCAUCAAAGAACAUGAAGGAAGUUUUAUAUGGUAGAAGGAAUACCUGUACAAAAAUUGACUUGAUAGAUUUGAUAUCCCAAUAUAAAAAAUCUACUGUUAAUUUCAACACUCUGUAAAUUAGUUCUGUUACUGCAAUUACUGUUUUCAAAAUAAUAAAAAUCAUUUACAAAACUGCUUUUUUGGAUACAUAUUUAUCUUUUUUUG